AUGAAGCUUGCCCUUGUGUCGAUCUUGGCCAAUUUGGUCAGCAUCCAAGCUCUGGCUGUUCCAGAGCCUAGACAGGCUUCGACUUUCCCUUCGGCAAGUGGAACAAAGUUCACCAUUGACGGCCAGACAAAGUACUUUGCCGGCAGCAACUCAUACUGGAUCUCGUUCCUGACGAAUAAUGCCCACGUCGAUCUCGUCAUGGACAAUGUCGCGAAAGCCGGACUCAAGAUCUUUCGCGUAUGGGGCUUCAACGACGUGAACGCUGUCCCCAGCGGAAACCAGGUCUGGUACCAGCACCUCUCAGCCUCUGGAUCACAAAUCAACACUGGCGCCAAUGGACUUCAGCGACUCGAUGCAGUCGUCUCUGCCGCGGAGAAGAAGGGCGUCAAGCUCAUCAUCCCUUUUGUGAAUCACUGGGAUGACUACGGCGGCAUGAACGCCUAUGUGAAAGCUUUUGGCGGCUCCAAGGAGACUUGGUACACCAACACCCAGGCCCAAACUCAGUACAAGGCGUACAUUCAGGCCGUUAUCAGCCGUUACAAGAACUCUCCCGCCAUCCUUGCUUGGGAACUGGCCAACGAACCCCGCUGUAAGGGUUGCAGCACCGAUGUGAUCUUCCAGUGGGCGCAAGCGACUUCCCAAUUCGUGAAGUCGUUAGAUGCGAACCACAUGGUCACUCUCGGCGACGAGGGCAUGGGACUUCCCGGCGACGGAAGCUACCCCUACCAGUACGGCGAAGGCACAGAUUUUGUCAAGAACCUCGGCAUCAAGACGCUCGACUUUGGCACUUUCCACAUGUACCCCGAUCACUGCUGGAUCAAAUCACACGGCGAGGCUUGCGCCAAGGCCGGCAAACCCUGCCUCUUUGAAGAAUACGGUUCUCUGAGUGACCAUUGCGGCAUCGAGGGUCCCUGGCAGCAGGUCUCACGGACGGCGCCGGGACUAGGCGCCGAUCUGUUCUGGCAGUGGGGAGAUCAGCUGAGCUCAGGGCAGACUCACAACGAUGGGUUCACGAUCUACAAGGGCAGCAGCGAUUAUCAGUGCCUGGUUGUCGACCAUGUGAAGGCAAUCAACGGGUGA